GUCUCUUGGAAUGGGCAUGAAAUUCCGAUUGAUUCCAAUAUGGCAACCGUAGCAGAAUACGAGUCCGUGUCUUGAGAAUGUUUUGAGUUCCUUAUUCCGUUAUCCAGUCGUGACGAGUCCUCAACGAUUCGCUUCUAGGCGUGUCUGGUGCAGAGUACCAGCCACGAAGUUUGUGGCGCAUAACGGCACACGCAGACUAGUAGACUAGAGUUGGCUCUUACAUAUUUAAAGAGGAUUCGAGAUCCAGUGAGGUGAACUCCUGGAGCGUCGGCGGCGGCUUCAACGAUGGGUAAACAGAACAGCAAACUCAAGCCGGAAGUGCUGGAAGAUCUCAAACAGAACACCGAGUUUUCAGAUGCGGAGAUACAAGAAUGGUACAAAGGCUUCCUCAAGGAUUGUCCGAGUGGACAUCUGAGCGUGGAAGAAUUCAAGAAAAUAUAUGGAAAUUUUUUCCCCUAUGGUGAUGCGUCAAAGUUUGCAGAACAUGUCUUUAGGACAUUCGACGCGAACGGCGAUGGAACCAUCGACUUCCGGGAGUUUCUCUGCGCCCUCAGCGUCACAUCCCGGGGUAAAUUGGAACAGAAGCUAAAGUGGGCCUUCAGCAUGUACGACCUCGACGGUAACGGUUACAUUUCGCGGCAGGAGAUGCUUGAAAUCGUCACGGCUAUCUACAAAAUGGUUGGCACCGUGAUGAAAAUGCCUGAAGACGAAUCGACGCCAGAGAAAAGGACGGAUAAGAUCUUCCGGCAAAUGGACAAGAACAAGGACGGCAAGUUGUCUUUGGAGGAGUUUAUUGAAGGCGCAAAGAGCGACCCGUCUAUAGUGCGACUGUUGCAGUGCGAUCCUAGUGCACAAGCUCAGUGAGACCCUGGGCAACCGAAUUCUAUGCUGUGAGCGAUUUCAAAUCGGCAUCCAAUUCAACGACGCGAGGCAUGAUCCACAAAAUUCCAGAGGCUGCAGAGGAAUCUCAUGAGCCCUAGAGUAGUCAUCCAGUGCCACAACGAUCAAAAUAGAGCUAAUUCCUCAAAAGACGUUGUUGAUCCCUUUUCGGUUUUCAUCUCAAUACCAGAACACCACAAUUUAUUUAUUUUCAUCGAGCUUAACAUCCUCCCCAUUAUUUAUUCUGAUCUUCACGCUUACAAGGAGAUGUAGCAAGAUGUGCGUCGCCGGCGACGCACAUCUCACGAAAAUCUCCUUGAAUUUCACCUCGUUAGAUAGGCCUGGCUUAGAUAAUCAUUAGCCAGAGUUCAAGUUCGUUAAGCUCGUCAAGUUUCAUCAACAACGUCCUUGAGAUUAUAGUUUAAGUAUUCACAGGAUACAAACCUAGCAAAGACUGCCAGGUCUCGAUUAACAAUUCUGAAUUUUCCAAUUUGUUUGAUCGAAACCUGGAUCGCGGGAGAUUCUUCUGCAACCUUUCUGGCUUCGUGGAAAUGGAAAAAAUCAUAAAUAAGGUAUCGUUGUGCCGGAAACCGAAUACGGUAUCCAGGACCUUGCGCAGACCGCAAGCUAUUCGUUGAGACUGUUCCAGUCGCUCCGUCUUGUUUUCAAGAAAAACUCAGUGAACUUCAAAAAUUCUUUUCGGACCGACCCAAUUCUGCGUAAGGCGAUUUCCUCUUAAGUAUGAAAAUAAAGUAUCAAUUUUGAGUUUGCAACCUAAGGUAGUCGCGCCUGACAUUCUAAUUGUUAAUUUGAAUUAGCGCCUCGUGGGCGUUUUCGUCUGCUUCUAACACCGUUUUUUUAUUAAUAGUCUGUGAUACAUUUACAACGAUGUUAAAUUUAGUUCUGUGUCGCAAACUCGCGUACUUUGUAUCGAACUUUACAUUGUUUCUGCGCGCAACACGCGACUACUUGGGUUCAUUUUUUACGAUUCGUGUAGAAUCCAGAAUCAUGAUCACGCGAGAAAAAUAAGUGAUUGAGGAAUUAUUUCGGAGAACAGUUUUACUGGCUUCCUUCAACAAUUUACGUUCUUAAUUGGUUACAAAUCCAGAGGUUUAGAGAAAGACAAGGAAUUUAAAGGAUCUUUUUAAAUGCAGAUAGUUUUUUAAUUUUCAAUUUAAUUUAAACUUGAAAUAUGUAGCCGAAAAGUCCGGGCUCGAUUCCUGUCGCCGGGAUUUUUUUUUUAUUGCAAUUGACUAAUAAAUUUAUUUAAAUUAAGCAAAAUAUUCACUUUAACCGUUCUUUUUUCGACAUAGAAAAUAUAUUUUCUAUGUUUUUCCCAUUUUCCUGAAAACUGAACUUUUGACCGAUUUGAAAUAAACAUGGAAUUUCUCUCUCCAGGAACUUAAAAAAAUGGGGGGAGUCUUGCCCUCUGAAGUGAAAAAAAAUUCCAGUAGCUGGAAUUGAGACCGGAUAUUCUAGUUACAAACCCGAAGCGCUAUCACCUAAUCUAACAGUAAAAUUUUCAAUCCGAGAUCCUUUAAAUAUUUUUUUUAGGUCACUCUCUGCCUUACAAUUUAAGGACUUUUUGAAGAUUUUUUCCUCCAAUCUCUGAUUCUUUAUCGCGUGAGUAUUAAACUAAAAGAAAAAAUUUCGAACCUGCCUCGAUCGAAUGAAUGAUUUAUUUUUUAUUCUCGAUCCGGGCGAGUUUCGACCUCGCUUUAUGCAGAUCGUGGUCCUUCUUUUUUUAAAGGUGUCUCGAAAGCUCCGCAUAUUCGAAGGCCAGUAAAAAGACUCGAACUUUAUUUAGUCGCUUCAAGAAUCUCGGAAAACAUGUAUGAAUAUGUCUUUAAUCAAACCUAUUUUUAGUGAAACUGUACGCUUUCGGAAUUCACCGAGCUCUUAUCGAUGAUGCGAGAGCAAAUCUGAAAUUAAAAUCACAAAGUAAACUUUCUUUCCAUAACGCCAAGGUUCCUUAGGGUACAGGAUAUAAAAAAAGAAAGAGAAUUUUUACAACUGACAUCGCGGAUUUCUGAUCGUCUUUAAGAAACGAUUUUAUAGUCUAGGCGGCUAGUUUAGAUUUUCUAGCGGAAUAUUGCAGAGGAAUCGACUUUUUUCUUUUAUGCGAAGUAACUUUAGCUUUGUUUGUUUAUUUUGUCAAUUUUCUUGUUUGAACCCUUUAGUUUAAAUGGUUUUUUUAGAGUGUGUUUUUUUUAGACAUUUUAUGCGACCUUUGAAACAAUUUAUAACGUGUGCAUGAUUCUGCCAAGUAAUCAAUACACACUUGACAGGAGCGUAGUUAGUAAGUUUUUGUUUUACAGGCCCUUUUAAAGCUUCGGUUAAAAAUUUUGAUUAUACCAAAAUUUUCUUUGCUGGUAAUUGAGAUUUGAAUAUUGAAAAAGUCAAAGUAAAUAAUUCUGACUCGCAUCACCGAAAUGGAAAAAGUUCCUCGAUCUAGAGCAGGCCUGUCCAGCGAGGAGAAAUUUACUCAAAGUCUAGAUGCUGCAUUUCGACCACCAAUUCUCUUAGAAAAGUGAUCUUCGAAAAUUUAUUUGAUCUACAAACUAAUUCAGUGCCUUUACUUUUGAUGUCUUGUAACUCUUGGUCAAACUUUAAUUUUUUUCCUGUCCCAAAGUAAUUUUAGGGGGCGAAAUUUAAACUUUAAAACAUAAUACUAUAAUAUGUGGCGGCCUUGCGGACUUAACCUAAAAAAUCAUUCAUGUAUACAGUGGUAUCCGACAAGGAGCAUUUGAGACACUUUUCGGACCCAUUCUAUGGAGCAACGAUUUUUUAGGGCAAUUCUUCAGGACCGCCUCCUAUUAUAUUCUGUUUUAAAUAUUAAGAUUCGCGCUUUAAAACUACCUCAGGCUAGAAAAAAUUCAAGUUUGACCAUUAAAACACAAUAUAAUAGAUAGCGGUUCUGCGGGAAAAACCUCAAAAACUAUUGGUCGAUAAAAUGGCGCCCGAAAAGUCUCUCAAAUGCAACUUGUUGGCCGUCAUUAUAUUUAUUAAUGAUUUUUUUAGGGAAAGUCCGCAAGAAAACCGCCUAUUAUAUUGUGUUUUAAUGGUCAAACUUGAGUUUUUUUCGCUGUAAGUAAUUUUUAAAAGGCGAACUUUACGAUUUAAAUCUAAAUAUAAUAGGUGGUGAUCCUGCGGACUUACACUAAAAAAUAAAUUGUCUAUACAAUGGCUUACGAAAAGUGUCUCAAUUGAUCCUCGUCGGACGAAAUUGUAUUUACUAAUGAUUUGCCAGCUUAAGUCUGCAGGACUGCCACCUAUUAUAUUGCCAUUUAAAGUUUAUAUUUUGCCCUUAGAAACUACCUUAGAACGAGAAAAAACUAAACUUUACCAAUUAAAGCAAAAUAUAACAGGUGGCGGUCCUGCGGACUUAACCUUAAAAUUCAUUUAUGAAUACAAUGGCGACCGACAAGGAGCAUUUGAGACACUUUUCGGACGCCAUUGUAUCGACCAAUGGCUUGUAAGGUUAAGUCCGCAGGACCGCCAUUUAAUAUGUUGUGUUUAAAUGUUCAAAUUAAGUAACUCGCUUAGGGCGAAAAAAUUAUAAGUUUGGCCAAUAUAUCAAAAUAUCCUUUCGACUCAAAUUUCUGAAAUUUCUCCUCGCUGGACAGGCCUGAUCUGGAUGAUUUUUAAGGUCGAAUUCAUAAGUACAAAGAAGCGAAGAACUGACCCUCGGUAUUUCGGUGGCUUUGACACAGAGGUGCAAGCUUCGUUCGUGGCAAUCGGUGGCUCGCGAUUCGUGCGAUUUUAGAGAUUUAUAUUUUCGCGAAUAGAUGUGUAGAAUUCUGCGUGCGUGUGAAUGAAAAUUAGAACAUGAAUAUGGGAAUGAAACUGAAUCUGAACAAGUGAGAUCGCCAAGUGUGCGUGUAGCGAAUUUGAACCGUGGCGCGUAUUCGUCUCGCGGAAUUAUCAUAAAAGAGUAAAAAUAGGUGCGUCAUUGUAACUCGAAUAGGUCCGGAUGUUGACUGCAAAGGAAAUGAGCCUCUGCGGCGAAUCAUUGAUAUUGGUUACAAAUUUAUUAAAUCGACUCUAGAGAUGAUUUAGCGAGAACCUAGAUUUUUAUUUGCGUUUGCGUGUGAUAACAGAGUGGAUUUAUCCUUAUUUCCAAGUAAUAAAACAAAAGGUUCCUUUCUUUCUUCCUCUCCUCCGGGAAAAAGAAAGUAGCGUCUGACGUUUUAAUUUUACAAGGGGAACCUGCAGCAUUCGGAAUUUUUUAAAUUAUGCAUACUUCUUCCAAUAAUUCUAGUUAAAAAUGACUUUUAAAAAAGCCACACACGAUACAUGGAACGAGAUUGGUAAGUUUUUUAAACUCCCGAUUAGAUCAGGCGGCAACGCUCUGAGUUUUUAGCAGAAAAAUUUGAACUUGAUUCCUCCUGCCUGCAUUUAUUGUCAAUUUAAAAAAAUUGUAAAUGACUAAUGAAAUGAUUCAAGUCGAGCCAAAAAGAGACUUUCGAGUCUCGGUUGGAUCAGGCGGCAACGCUUUGAGUUUUCAACCGGAAAAUCUGGACUCGAUUCCUCGUACCUGCAUAUUUUGGCAAUUUCAAAAAAAUGGUAAAUGACUAUUCAAAUCAUUUAAAUCAAGCCAAAAAGAAUAUUACGAGCCUCGGUUAGAUCAGGCGCUAGCUAUUUGAUCUUGAAUUUGUUGUCUAUUUUUUUAUUGCAAUUAAUAAACUUAUUUAUUUAAAUAGAACCAAAAUAUUGAUUUUUAUCCAUUUUUUCUAUGAAAAAUUGGG